AUGGAAGCCCCUAGUAGUCAAGGAGUCUCUACUCAGUACAUAAAGAUUCUUCGUGAGCUGUACAAAAAUUUCACAACCAGGAUUUCACCACUCUACAACGAUAUUAAUAUUGACGUCAAAAGAGGGAUAUCCACCAUUGGUGACAACGUCGAUGACAUUAGCGAUGAAAUUCGUACCUUUAGUAAGCGAUUUGACUAUGUUUUCACGUCGGGUGGCGUUGGUCCAACUCACGACGAUGUGACAUAUCUAGGCUUAGCUCGUGCGUUCGAUGAAGAACUACAAAAAUCCUCCGACAUUGUUUCAGCAAUAGAACAGUAUUUUGCAAAUUCAGAGUUAUCAAACAAAAGCGCUGAAUUUGCGGAUAAGUUAAGCAUGAUUCCUAAAUCCGCCGAACUGCUUUGGAGUAAUUGUUCUCUUCAUGGUAAGCAGAUCAGAUUUCCUGUUGUACGAUUGCAUAACGUUAUCGCUCUACCGGGCGUGCCAAUUUUCUGUGAACAAGCUUUCGACGAAAUCAAGGGCCAGAUUUUUUCAUUGUCAUUGAAGCCUUUGUUUUCGGAAACUUUGUAUACAUCACAAGAUGAAUUGAGAUUCGCUCAACAGCUAUCGAAAAUCGCUUCAAUAUACGAUGGAGUUGUAGAAAUUGGGUCAUAUCCGGUCAUAAACAACAGUUUCUUCAAAACGAAACUCAUUUUGGACAGUGAAUCAGCUGAAUCAGGACGUGCUGCCGCUGAUGAAGUAAUCAGGCUUCUUGGAGGUUAG